UUCCCAGUAAGCCAGAAGUAUUCUUCAUUAAAUACAAAACUGAAGAUGAAGCUACACAUGCUCAAAAACAAAUUCAAGCUGAAUAUGACAAAAUUGAGGGUACCUCUGAACAUGCCGACGGUGGUGUGGGACAAGUACAAUCAGUUAUUGGAUCCUUGGGCGGUGGCAGUGAUUUUGGUGCUAGUUCUACCAAUGUACACCAAACCAGUGGUAGUAUUGGUGGUUUUUCAGGUGUUGGUAGCAGCGGUGUUGGUACUGGUGGUUUCUCUGGAAUUGGAAGCAGUGGUGUGGGUACUGGUGGUUUCUCUGGAAUUGGUAGCAGUGGUGUUGGUACUGGUGGCUUUUCUGGUAUUAGUACCAGUAGUAUUGGCACUGGUGGCUUUUCUGGAAUUGGUAGCAGUAUUAGUGGUGGAUCUGGAAGCACACAAGGCAAUACAUACUUGCCACCAUCCAAUUAGGAAUUUAAUGAACCUAACACUUUUUAAGCAAGGCACAAAAGUAUUAUUAUAA